AUUAAAAUUUGCUAAUUACGUUUAUCUGCAACACUAGUCAGAAACAGAAUGUAUCAAUUUAGGUCCUUUACCAAGUUUGGAAGAGCUACCCCUUGCAUACCUCAGUUUACUUUAGUUCACUUUCAUAGAACUAAAAAACAACGUUGUGUUAACGUUGGUGCUAGCUGGGUAGAUCCCGGUUCUUGGGACUCCGACGAAAUUAUGUACAAGGUCGAACAGUUCCGCUUCAUUUGGCAUAUUUUGUGCGAAAUCUAACAGCGUUCAUACUACCUGUUGAAUUCGCUCUCUCAAGCAAAACCCACCACCUGUUAAUUUAGUGAUCGUACUAAACAGAAUUGAAAUUGCUUUUCGUUUGUUUCAUAAAUCCUGCAACCAUAGAAGCGUGAAGACUACGUGGCCGGUGAUUUAAGUCUGACUCAUUGGGAAAAUAUGAAAACGUAAAUGCGAAAACGUCUAUAAAACUCUGGUAAUUUCACGAAAGUACACACCAUGACGAUGAUGGGACAAGUAUUUUGUGUUUUUGUGUCACUUUUGUUAUCAUUUGUUCAUUCAACUAAUACCAAACCACAUAUUAUCAUGGUGGUCGCAGAUGAUCUUGGUUGGGAUGAUGUCAGUUUUCAUGGAUCUAAUCAAAUACUAACUCCAACACUAGAUAAGCUAGCUAGAGAGGGUGUUAUUCUCAAUAAUUACUACGUCUCGCCGCUCUCCACUCCAAGUCGAGCAGCGUUCAUGACUGGAAAAUAUGCAAGUCAUCUGGGAUUACAACAUGAUGAUUUUCACAACCUACAACCAAGUGGCUUACCACUUAGCGAGACACUACUGCCUAAUCGACUACGGGAACUGGGUUACCGCGCUCAUGGAGUAGGCAAGUGGCAUUUAGGUUUCUUUGCAAAAGAGUACACGCCGACGUUUAGAGGUUUUGAUUCUUAUUUUGGGUUUUGGUCGGACACCGAGGAUUAUUACUCUCAUGUUUCCUAUGAUAAAGGAUACGGGUUGGAUCUACGAAGGAAUUUAGAGUUAGUUUACAAUGAAAGCGGUACCUACAGCACGGAAUUAUUUACUAGAGAAGCAAGAAAUAUAGUGAAUAAUCACGACACCACGAAGCCGUUGUUUCUUUAUCUUGCUCAUCAAGCGGUGCAUGUUGGGAACGGUGACGAUCCACUUCAAGUUCCCGAAAAAUAUGAGAAACAAUUUACUAAAAUCAAAGAUCAUUCACGACGAAAAUUUGCCGGAAUGGUGGCCUCUUUAGAUGAAUCUCUAAAACAGUUGACUGAGACUCUUGCACAAAAAGGCAUGAUAGACAAUACAAUCAUUGUUUUUACCACUGACAAUGGAGGGGCUGCUGGUGGAUAUGAUGACAGUGCUGGGUCAAAUUAUCCAUUGAGAGGAGGGAAGAACACGUUCUGGGAAGGUGGUGUACGUGGUGUAGGCUUUGUGUCUAGCCCAUUAUUAAGAGAUAAAGGUCGCAUUUGUGAAGAGCUAUUGCAUGCCUCAGAUUGGUUGCCAACGCUCUACGCGGCUGCUGGCGGCCAUGUCGAAACCCUUGGUAAAAUUGACGGAUACAAUAUAUGGAACUCGCUUUCCAAAUCUGAGCCUUCUCCUCGAUUUGAAAUACUUCAUGGUGUGGACACAUUCAGUGUGUUGUCCGGUGCAUUACGUGUUGGAGACUACAAAUUGAUUGUAAAUCAAGAUGACUCUUAUUAUGGAGACUGGUAUCCAAGGCCCGACGUUCCAGUGCCUAAGGGUUGGAAUAAGCGAAAAAAGCGCCAAAUAAUUGAAGGUACAACAGUUGAUUGCACAAUACGUGAACCACAUCCCCUCUUGUUUACUCAUGCACCUGUUUGCAAGCCCAAAGAACGACCUUGUUUGUUUAACAUCAAGUGGGAUCCUUGCGAGUAUCACAAUAUUGCGGAAAUUAUGCCUAACACAAUGAAAGUAAUGCUGGAACGAUUUUAUCAUUUUGCUAACGCCUCGACAUCUCCAAUUUAUCCUCCUUUGGACAAUUCUUCACUUCCCGACAACCAUGGUGGUAGUUGGACGUUUUGGCGCGAUGAUCCGCGUAUAGACGCUACUGAUCCAAAUCUUAUUUAUCCGGAUCCUAUGGUUUAUCUCAAGAUGAACAUCCAUGGAGGAAGCUCCGUCCCUUUGAAAGCACCAGACAACGAGAAGAUUUUAUAGAUAAGGCCAAGAAAUUUGAGAACUUCACGAGGAAUCAUAAUCCAAUCUCCAAAUCUACGAGCCUCAUUCCAUCAAUGCCAAAUCGUACAUCUUCUGGGGGAAAGCAACCACAAACCACAUCGCCCUUUUUCAAACAAGUAGCACAUAUGCUUGGAGUUCCAAUCCAUCAUCACCAUAAAUCACAUAAGCUGUUUCAUCCUAAAGUAACUUCGGUAGAACCAAAUGUGGUCAUCGAAGGAAUUGGGAAUCUCAUUGAGCCUAAACAAUUCCCGAAAAUUUCCACCGAUAUACCAUAUGUCCCUGCUACUACUGAAAGAGCUACAAUUUCUCCACAACCUAGCAAAUCACCAGUCAUUGAUAUCGAAAACGUACUCAUGAGUGAUAGCGGUAGCGAUCUGGCUUCUACAAUUUUACCGACCUCUAACUAUGUUUCCUCGACAAAACCUCCCUCUCAAACUUUUAAAGCAGACACUGUCGGUGAGGUGAUAACUGAACCCUCUCAUGAAGAACCGUCAAACAACAAACAAACUUUCAAAGUAGACACUGUUGGUAAGGUGAUAACGGAAACCUCUCAUAAAAAAACAUCGAACAAGAAUCUCACUACAACUCUUCAGUCGAAUGAAAUGAAGAUUGACUUACCACAAGUUUAUGACGUUAUCGAUGAAACAGAGAAUCCACCCGCUAGUCAAGCACCGAAAAUACAGAAUAUUCCUAAAGUUUAUGACGUUAUUGAUAUUACCAAUGAGCUGACAAAAGCAACUAGCAAUUCACCUAAUGUCGCAUCUGUUGGGCCUGCCUCCCCGGACAGCAAAACUGCUCAGCCCACGUCUACCCAACUCCCACCAACAUUGAUCCUUCCCACAAUGCCAACAUCUUCUCCUCUUUCAAAGUUCUUCAAGCCCAAAACAACAGUUUCUGCCAAUGUUCACCGCCCUCCACACAGGUUUGUCGGUGAUAUCAUUUUGGGUCACAAGUUCCACAUUGAAGGAAUUGAGACAGGGGAUAAUGACUGGCUCAUGAAAGAUUACGCUUCAAGUCCGAGUAACAAUAUUUUGAAGCAUAGAGUGAGCUCAGAGCAACCCCGACUUACUCAAAAGUCUCAUACUUCACUCGAAGAUAGCCGCAACAAAGAGCCAUCGGUUUACCCAAAAGUUACUGAUGUCAUUGUUGAAUCACAAAAAGAAAAGUCUUUCGAAAAGUCUUCGGCGAAAUCAAGCAGCGCUUACGUGGAUUUAAAUAAUGUAUUAGCAUUGAAAAGUCAACCUGAAGUAACACAUGUGACCACACACCUUGCCAUGAAAGAAAACGUCACGAAGCAGAAUGAUACACACUGCGAUAAAAAUGUUCAACUUCAAUCUUCAGAAAACGCCGUAGUCGUGUCUUCAGUAGUUAUUGUUGUGAUUGCGUCGGCUAUGGUUGUUGGCGUUGCACUUGUCGCUAUGAUAGCAGUUGUGGCGAGGCAUUUUCAAAAAUCCAGAAAUUCAAAUGGUGGGGAAGCUUCUUAAAAUAGAAUUUUCAUUAUAGACUUCGAACUGAAACUUUAUUGCUUUAUGUGAAAGUUUUAACCAUUUAUAAUUAACGAGUAAUUUGUGACUAUAAGACAACUUUGUAAUCUUGUUAUGGCUUGGUUUAUGAAGGAAUUUACUUUUCAAUAACA